ACAUCACAGUUCAACACAGCACAGUAUAGCACUGUAGUGAAUUCCUGCAAUUGUGCAUGGGGGAUAUUAUUAAAAUGUGUUUUUAUGUUGUGACCAGUUAUACAUUUAAAUUGACAGCAUUGAUGAUCUUAUUACGUUUAGAUAAGCAGGUCUUUUGCAUACUUGACAGUUAAGGACAGACUGCCGACCAUUCUUACCAAAGUAAUCGACACCAUUCAUCGAAAUAAGAACAAGUUUUUCGAAGAGCAUGGGGAGGAAGGUGUCCAGGCAGAAAAGAGAACAAUUUCCCUCUUGUCCAAACUAAGGAAUGAGCUACAAACGGACAAGCCCAUCAUUGAACUAGAAGAUGGGAUGGCUGAUACGGACCUCUGGAACCAGUACCUGCAGAAGCAGCAGGCAUUAUUGGACAAGCAGGAAGCUCCCAGCUGGUUUAAAUCCCCCUGGCUUUACGUGGAAUGCUACAUGUAUCGCAGGAUCCAGGAAUCCCUGAACUUGAAUCCCCCAGUCAGUGAUUUCGACGUGUUCAAGGAGGCCAAAACGCAGAGCUAUUUCGAUUCCCAACAAGCCAUAAAAGCCAUCUGCACACACCUGCAUGGGCUGCUGGAGGGCGUAGAGGGGCUCCCUGAGGGCCAACUUCAGGGGCAUUUCCUUCAGCUGCUGCAGGUGUCCUUAUGGGGAAACAGGUGUGAUCUGUCAAUAUCAGCGGGUAAGGAGAAUGCCCAGAAAUGUAGCCCUAUUGAUUCCCUUGUAGAGCUGAAGCCCUUCAUCUUGGUGGAUGACUCCAGCAUGGUCUGGUCCACCCUGAUGAAGAGCAACAUGUCGGGCGAGAAGCCACAGGUGAGAGUGGACUUCAUCCUGGACAACGCAGGCUUUGAGCUGGUCACUGACCUGGUCCUGGCUGAUUUCCUUGUGUCCUCUGGACUUGCUCGAGAAAUCUGCUUCCAUGGGAAGUCCAUUCCAUGGUUUGUCUCUGACACCACCAGGAAAGAUUUUGAUUGGACCAUAAAGCAGACAUUAGCGACCAAUCACAGGUGGGUGUCCUGGUGUGGCACCCGAUGGCAGAAGUACAUAAAAGAUGGGGUCUGGUCCUUCCACAACCACCUGUUCUGGACCCUCCCGCAUGAAUUUUGUGACAUGGCAGCCGAUGCGCCUGACCUGCAUAACUUCCUCCAGCAGACACACUUGAUCCUGUUUAAGGGCGAUCUCAACUACAGGAAGCUGACCUGUGACCGGGCUUGGGACCACACCGUGCCCUUCCAGAGGGCCCUGAGAGGAUUCGAACCUGCGCCCCUCUGUAGUCUACGGACCCUGAAGGCCAACGUGCAGGUGGGUCUCCCUCCGGGCCGUGGGGAGGACCUGACAGCCCAGGAGCCUGACUGGAUGACCGGUGGGCGGUUUGCUGUGGUACAGUUCUUCUGCCCCAGCAAUGAGCAGCAGAAUCCCCACAGGAAGUGAUGGUGUCUGAUACACACAGGAAGUGCAGCAAGGAAGAGCUGACAUGCACAGGAAGUGCAGCAACAUGGGAAAUUAUCCUUGAAAGUAUUGUAUUAUGCGACAGCACAAAAUGUCAGUGGCUAAAUCUUACUUAUUACUUAACACUAGUAUAUAUUUUCAGUGUUAGUGAUCUACAUGUAUAAUUCUAUUGCUUCAAAGACAAAUGAAUUCUUUAAUUUUAAUUGCACCAUUUUGAUAUUUUUUUUCUGAAUGUUUAUAAAGGUUGCCAAACUGUUUUCUUAAAGUUUUUAUCCAAUCAUGAGGUUUAUUGGUUGAAAAUUGGCUGGCUGUACCAGUUAUUUGGGUGAAUCUUAAAUCAGUGCUUGAAGUACUGUUACUACAUUUGGCACUUUUUGGGUUGCUGGUCGUGGAGCUGUACGUAUCUGGCUGUGAUGAUGGCGGUAUCAAUAAAGCAGCGUAGAAGUGAUUUCUGGGCUCUUAAAUGGCUUAUGUUAAUCCUGUUUUCUAACUUCAUAAAAAGCCUUCAUGUUGUGUAGUAGUCUGGAGCUUGUGUAGUGUUUACAGACAUUUGAUUGCUUUUCUUGGAUCUACAGGCAUAUGUUUUUCCCGUUUAUGUGAACGUACCAGGAAAACAUUUACGAUCAGUUAUUUAGCUACGUUUCUUUUGCUUUAUUUCUGCUCUGGGACUUGAAAUGCACUUCGUGGUGGCUGUUCUGUACGCACACCAUGUGUGUGAGUUUAAAGUGACGACAGUUUACAUUUAAAAUUUAAACUGCUGACACAACAGGGAUACUGCAAUACUGCACUGAUUUGAGGCUCCUCCCACUUUUGUGAUGGUGCUGGCUGUAAACAUGACGACAUGUAUGCGCUUUUCCUACUAAUAAAUUCAUCCAAAUUGUU